CUAGUCUGACACGCUUUGAACAACAAGUAUACCUCUGACAUUUCUUCCGUUCCAGACUAACCGAUACUUCUCUCGAUCCUUUUAUACCUAUAAAUAAAUAUCAUAAUAAACGCUCGAGCAACAAUCGAUUUGCCUGGAUUUCCUUCCAAGUUUCAAACAAGAAAUUCCAAAAAGCAAUCAGAGCCCACCCCAACCGCAAGGUAAUCAAAUCAAUCAAGAAAAGAAAGACAAAGAUGUGUCUGGUGUUUGUGUGUGAUGAGGAUGAGAGGGUGAUAUCGAGACAGCCGGCACCAGGGGCUUGUCCCUACUGUGGAGGGAUGGUGCAGGCCAUGGAUGUAGAGAGCCAGUGGAGGUUCUGCUUUUUGCCUCUCUAUUUCAGGACCAAGAGGAGGUACUACUGCAGUUUAUGUACUAGGCGCUUGGUCGUCCAAUGAUUCAAGUUUUCUUGGAUUUGGGAUCGAUAGCUUGUUUAAUCCUUUUCAUGUUUUGCCGUGCGGAUCAUCCCUAAUCUUCCUUUUCCCUCUUUCUUUGUCCUUGUCAUUCCAUCUAUGUAUACAUAAAGUUUGACUUUUCAUAAGCGAAAGAGUUUAUUUAUUUAUUUAUUUCCAAUUUGCUAUUUGAUUGCAUGAGAAGUUUUGUUUCAAAGCAUACAUAAUAUGAUCAAUACUGAAAUCGGGCUCUUUUUUUAUGGA